AUGACUGAUGAUGCCAAUGAAACAGAGCAACCAUUAUCUGAAACAUCUCAAGAGAAUGCUCAAGAAAAUCAAGAAAUAAUAACUGGGAAAGAGAUUUCUGGUAUUGUUAAAAAGAAAAAUAUACCACCAAGUAAUACUUGGAAGCAUUUCGAAAAAAUAUUUGAUAAUAAUGGAAUCCAUUUACAUUCAAUAUGUAAUUAUUGUAAUCAAAAAUAUGCUGCAAAAUGUUCUACAACAACUCUCACUGAACAUUGGAAAAAAAUCAUGAAACAAUUCAGCCAAGAAAAGAAGAAUGUUUACCAUUCAGAACAGUAG